CUGUCGCUCCUCGUGCUGCCCGAGUUCUACGAGGUCGUGCGCCUCGCACCGACGGCGCCCAUUCCCGCGGACCUCUUCGCGUGCGCGGACCCGAACGCCGUCGUGUCCAUCACGCGCACGGCCGACGAGCUGUCGAUCAUCCGGCCGCGCGGCGCGCGGCGCAUCGACGGCGAGACGCGCGAGGAGGGCUGGCGCGCGCUGAAAGUCAAAGGUCCGCUGCCGUUCCACCUCGUGGGCGUGCUGAGCCACCUGUCGGCGACGCUCGCGGCGGCGGGCGUGUCCAUCUUCGUCAACAGCACCUACGACACGGACUACGUGAUGGUCAAGGACGACAAGCUCCACGCGGCCGUCGACGCUUUGAAGGCCGGCGGCUCCGCCGUCGACGGCGCGCCG